AAUUAAUUAAUUAAAAGCGAAAAAUACUAUUGUAUUGUAUCAAAGGGAGGAUUAGAUAUGAUGUUGAAGUUCUUCAUUUAUCGCCACUUGGAAUAAAAACGCCUAUUUUUGGGGGGUAUUUAGUAUAAUUUGUAAGUUAUUUAUUUUCGGCUUUUGGCCAUUUCUGGCAUAGUAUUUUCGAAUCUCUCUUGUAUGAGCAGCGCUGCUCUCAGUGCAUGAUCGUGCUUGCUUGUUCACUUUAUUGAAACAUGCUCUCACCAUUUGAAGCUUUUCACCACCAAAGAGCGUGCAAGAGCGGGAGAGGGAGUGCGAGUGGGAAGCCAAAGAGCGAAGGAAUGCUUCGGCAAAAGAAGCAGAGGCCCGCAGCAGCAGCAUCAGCAGCAGCAGAAAAAGAAGUAGAACAGAAAAAGCAACAGCAAAAACUACAGGCAGCAUCAGCAGACGGGCAGCGGCAGCGGCAGCAAAGUUACGCGCCAACCAGCCUCCAGACUUCGUUCUGGCUCGGCUCUCGUUCGGCUUUCGGCAUUCGGUCGGCUGCUCUGCUCUCGGGCCAGCAGCAGCAGCAGCAGUGGCAGCAGGCACAGUUAUCUUCUUUAACGGGAUAAAUCUCGCUGCUGCCAAUGGGCGCCGCAGUCUGUUUCCAAAACGGGCGUCUAACGGUCGUCGUGCGCGGGUAACGGCAAACGGUAACACGGGGCUCAAACAUUCACAGUUACAAUAGACAGCAGCCGCAGCAGCAGCGAAAAGAGAGACAGAAGCCGAAAGAAAGAAAGAGCGAAGUGAAGAGCAGGCGGCAAAUGCAAACAAGAAGAACACCAGAGGCAGAAGAUUAGAAUGAAGAUGAAGUUGAAGAAUAGCAAGAGCAACAGCAAAACGAACAGAAGGAAGCUUAGGUAGAGCGAAGGAAUACAAAGAAGGACAUAAGCAGGCAACAAUAAAAUAAACAAUAAUAAGAACAAAUAUACCAAAAGCACAGUUCCAAGAAUACUCCAAAAAAAGAUAAGAAAAAAGUACACAACAAGCCAAAAAAAAAAAAAAAACCUAGACCAAAACAAACAAAACAAUUUAAAGAAUACGAAUACCGUUGCAAGAACGGUACCAGCAGCAACCGCCCAAAGAAAAAGCACCAAAAAAGCCGCCUCCGUUAACGCGCGCCUAAAAAAAACAACAACAACAACAACACGUGUGAUACAAAUAAAAAUACCUCAACAAAAAUACAAAAAUAUAGAAGUCAAGGAUAAAACGACAAAGCAACGAAGAAAGAGGGACAACUAAGAGCGAGACAAGAGGAGAGCAAUGUAAAGCAACAAACGAAUGGAAAAUGAAGUGCCAAAGUGUUAAAAGCAACGAAAUUCAAUUUUUGGACGAAAGCUAGAAACAGAAAAAGAGAAACAAAGAGUGUCGACACUCCCGAACGGUAAUCGUUUCGUUUUCGUUCCGUUCCGUUCAGUUUCGUUUCGCGCGAUUUGCGGUGUUUCGUUUCGUUACGUUACGUUCCGUUCCGCUACGGUCCGUUCCGUUCCGUUUCCGUGUUUCGUUUCGCACUCUUCUCUUGACAUUUUUUUUCCGCUGUCGGGCUCUCUCCAAAUGGGUUUCAAUUCCUGAUGAUGGAGACAUUUCUUGUCCUGGGCCUGUGUUUUAUCCUGUACGAAGCAUUGGAUUUCUUUCAAGGCUGCAUCCACAGCAACACCCCGACGCCGAGCGACCAGAUCGAGGCCUACCGCCGCGAACUCGACGAACAGCGCCAGCAGCAGCAGCAGGAACAGUUCCUCGCGGGUCUCACGCCCCUGCUGGGCGCCCAAUUCGCUGCCGCCGCCGCCGCUGCCGCUGCAGCAGCCUCCUCGGGCUCCCAGUCGACGCUGGGCAGCACCACAGCCACGCCCACAGCCUCGACGGCGAGUGUGAUCAGCGACUCGUACGACCAGGACACGCACUCCCAUUCGCAGGAGGCGCAACAGCAGCAGCAGCACUCGCUGAGCACACCGGGUCUCUUCCGUCCGGCCGCCUUGGGCUACUACGAUCCGGAAGAUCCGCUGCAUGCCACAUCGUCGCUGCCACGCGACUUCUACUACCUGCAGCAGCAGCAGCUGAAGAACAAGGCCAGCGCCAAGUCGCUGCUCUCGAAGUUCUCCUCGACCAACUCGGACAAUCGCAUCUACCCGGAGGCCGGGGCCAGCACGGGGCACAGUCUGCUCGGAGGAGCGGUGAUCACCCACCAGCCGCUGCCCGUGGUGCCCCCCACCGAGGCAUCGUCCUCGAGCCUCUUCGACUGCCAGCCCCCGGCUGUGGCGCCGCACCAGCUGCAGGCACCCUCCCCGCUGCUCCUGGAACUGAAGCGCGCCAUCAUCAGUCACCAGUCGCACGCCCACACCGUCUUGGACGAGGACGACGAGGAGCUGAUCGGCAGCGACAACGGCUGUCCCCAGUGCGAGGAAGAAGAGCACCACCAGCAGCAGCAGCGCCAGGAGGAGCUCUACGACAACGAACAGGAGGAGGAGGAGGACGAGGACGAGGAGGAGGAUCUCUCCUACAACAGCAACAGUAACAGCAACAGCAACAGUCGAGCAUCCUCCACACACGGCACGACGACGACGGUGCACAGCAGUGAGCCAAACAUCAGCGCCUUGCUGCCACGCAUCCACCACAUAGCCAUCGACGACAUCGACAUCGGGACAGCGACGGGGGCGUCGGCGUCCACCAACGGGCACUCGGACUCCAUUUCUGGGUGUGGCCUGGCGGCCACGUCGCACGCAGAUUUCCGGGAGAUCGAGUGCGAGCGUCUGCGACGCAAGUGCGUGAGCGUAAAGCGCAUCUAUAGCAUAUCGGAGAAAUUCUAAAUCCAAAACCCACAUUCGAUACUCGAAAUUCGAAAUUCGAUAUUCGCUAUUCGAUAUUCGAUAGUUACUGUCUCAUCCAACACCUGUACAAAGCAAUCGAUCAAAAAAAAAAACUCAGCAAAAACUCACCAUUGCACCACCGCACCACCGCAAAAAAAAACCACAAAAAAAUC